AUCUUGGCCGUAGGAUCUCUCCUCAGUUUUUAACACCUCACUCUGUUACUCCCUGCGCUCUCUCGACUCUCGCCGUCGACGGCCUCCCCAAUCCUUCUCCUCGAGCUCCUGAACCACUGCGACGCCUAAAUCCUUCACUGAACCAGAAUCCCUCUUUUCCUGGCCAACAAUUCCCUCUUUCCCUGGCUAAAAAUCCCAAAAUUCGAAAAUAAAAACCCCAAACCCGGAAUUCUGAAGGCUAUAUAAGAGAGUUGGAAGCUGAAUCUAAGGGGUUUUGAAGUUUCUGCUGCUGCUGCUGAGUUGUUGCUGCUUGCUGAGUUAUUGAUCUUCAGCCCCGUAUUGUUUGGAUGAAGAAAAAUUGAAAAUAUCUCCACACAUUGUAUUAUAUGGGGACUUCAGAAGCUGAGUAUGCUGCAUUUGAGGAGAAGGUCAAACGAACUGUUUACCUUGAUAACAUCUCACCCCAGGUCACCGAAUCUGUUAUGAGAACUGCACUUUCUCAGUUUGGGAACGUGAAAAGUGUUCAGUUCAUUCCAAAUUACUUGGAAUCAAGGAACAUCCCACACUGUGCACUGGUCGAGAUGGAAAAUCCGAAGCAAGCCAGUGUCAUUGUCAAGGAGAUAGCGGAAUUCCCUUUCAUGAUUUUGGGGAUGCCAAGGCCUGUGAGGGCACGUCCUGCUGUGGCCAACAUGUUUGAUGAGCGCCCUGCUAUGCCUGGAAGACAGAUAGAGUGUCAUUGGUUGGAGCCAGAAGAUCCUAAUUUUGAAGUGGCAAAGAAACUGAAGGAACUGCAUGGAAGGCAUACUGCAGAAGCUGCUUUUUUGCUCAAGAAACAGCUGGAGGAAGAAGAGAAGCUUGCAAAGAUGCAAAACGAGACCCUAAAAGCAAAUUAUAAGAAGUAUGAAAUGGUAGAUAGCGUGAUGUCUGAUGGAACUGCUCGUCGUUUGGCACGCCGUUAUAAUAUUCGAGUUUCAGACGAUUGACGAUAUGGUAUUUGUUUAGAUUCCCCCUCAUGUGCAGUCAUGUUAUAUUUGUAGAAACUUGUUUGAACAUGGUCUUUGCUUUUAGUAGGACUUACUUUUCCUGGAGAAAAAGAGUUCAAUUGUGGAGUAGCGUUAUUAUA